CCGGGCGGGGAGCAGGAGGGGCGCGGAGCCGAUCCGGGCCCGCGCAGCGCGCCCAGCCGGGCGGGCUUCGGGGCUGCGCCAGGGAGCGGGACCGGUGGCGCCCGAGUCGGAGACCCAGCGCCGGACCCAGAGGCAGCGAAGGAGAAAACUGCAGUCCAGGAUGGCUCAGUCGGCCCCUCCAAAGUCGCGCAGCUGGUUUGGGCCGAGCCCCGACUGCGAGAGUGAGGCACAUGGCCCCUGCAGACCGGGCCUCGGAGGGUCCCAGGCUUGAGGAUCCGUCGGCCCCUCACCCCCUUGGAAAGGCAAGGAGAGAAGCCAGCGCUGGUAGUGAGCUUCCACUUCUGCCCUAACUGCAACUCCUUAGUGCCCUCCUGGCUUAGUCAUGGCGAAGCUGGAGACACUGCCUGUGCGAGCUGACCCAGGGCGGGAUCCUCUCUUGGCCUUUGCCCCACGGCCCUCUGAGCUCGGACCCCCGGAUCCCCGCCUGGCCAUGGGCAGUGUGGGCAGUGGGGUGGCCCAUGCCCAGGAGUUUGCCAUGAAGAGCGUGGGCACCCGUACAGGGGGUGGGGGCAGCCAGGGCAGUUUCCCUGGCCCCCGAGGCAGCAGCAGUGGGGCCAGCAGGGAGAGGCCGGGCCGCUACCCGUCAGAGGACAAGGCUCUCGCCAACUCCCUCUACCUCAAUGGCGAGCUUCGGGGCAGUGACCACACCGAUGUCUGUGGCAACGUAGUUGGCAGCAGCGGUGGCAGCAGCAGCAGUGGUGGCAGCGACAAAGCCCCACCGCAGUAUCGUGAGCCCAGCCACCCACCUAAGCUCCUGGCCACCUCUGGCAAGCUAGACCAGUGCUCAGAGCCACUAGUCCGGCCAUCAGCCUUCAAGCCUGUCGUACCCAAGAAUUUCCACUCCAUGCAGAACUUGUGCCCCCCGCAGACCAAUGGGACUCCUGAGGGACGACAGGGCCCUGGUGGCCUCAAAGGCGGACUGGACAAGUGUCGGACCAUGACUCCAGCGGGUGGGAGUGGGAGCAGCCUCUCAGACUCAGGCCGGAACUCCCUCACCAGCCUGCCCACCUACAGCUCCAGCUAUAGCCAGCACCUGGCACCCCUCAGUGCCUCCACCAGCCACAUCAACCGCAUUGGCACUGCCAGCUAUGGUAGUGGCAGUGGUGGCAGCAGCGGUGGGGGGUCGGGCUACCAGGACCUGGGGACCUCUGAUAGUGGACGGGCCUCCAGCAAGAGUGGGUCGUCAUCAUCCAUGGGGCGGCCAGGCCACCUGGGCUCUGGGGAGGGUGGAGGUGGAGGCCUGCCGUUUGCGGCCUGCUCACCGCCCUCGCCCAGUGCACUCAUCCAGGAGCUGGAGGAGCGGCUGUGGGAGAAGGAGCAGGAGGUGGCAGCUCUGCGGCGCAGCCUGGAGCAGAGCGAAGCGGCGGUGGCCCAGGUGCUGGAGGAGCGGCAGAAGGCGUGGGAGCGGGAGCUGGCCGAGCUGCGGCAGGGCUGCAGCGGGAAGCUACAGCAGGUGGCCCGCCGUGCCCAGCGUGCCCAGCAGGGCCUACAGCUGCAGGUGCUGCGGCUGCAGCAGGACAAGAAGCAGCUGCAGGAGGAGGCGGCCCGGCUGAUGCGGCAGCGGGAAGAGCUGGAGGACAAGGUGGCCGCCUGCCAGAAGGAGCAGGCCGACUUCCUGCCCCGGAUGGAGGAAACUAAGUGGGAGGUGUGCCAGAAGGCUGGCGAGAUCUCCCUCCUGAAGCAGCAGCUGAAGGACUCGCAGGCGGAUGUGUCGCAGAAAUUGAGUGAGAUCGUGGGGCUGCGCUCGCAGCUGCGGGAGGGCCGGGCCUCGCUGCGGGAGAAGGAGGAGCAGCUGCUCAGCCUGCGGGAUUCCUUCAGCAGCAAGCAGGCCAGCCUGGAGCUGGGCGAGGGCGAGCUGCCUGCCGCCUGCAUCAAGCCGGCGCUGACCCCCGUGGACCCGGCCGAGCCACAGGAAGCGCUGGCCACCUGCGAAAGCGACGAGGCUAAGAUGCGCCGUCAGGCCGGGGUGGCUGCCGCCACCUCCUUGGUUUCCGUGGACGGGGAGGCGGAGGCCGGCGGGGAGAGCGGGACGCGGGCCCUGCGGCGGGAGGUGGGGCGGCUGCAGGCCGAGCUGGCGGCUGAGCGGCGGGCCCGGGAGCGCCAGGGUGCCAGCUUCGCAGAGGAACGCCGCGUGUGGCUGGAGGAGAAGGAGAAGGUGAUCGAGUACCAGAAGCAGCUGCAGCUGAGCUACGUAGAGAUGUACCAGCGCAACCAGCAGCUGGAGCGCCGGCUGCGGGAGCGUGGGGCCGCAGGGGGUGCGAGCACGCCCACUCCGCAACAUGGCGAGGAGAAGAAGGCAUGGACCCCCUCCCGCCUCGAGCGCAUUGAAUCCACAGAAAUCUGAUCGACCUGGGCACUUGGCCUUAUGACAAAUGUCCUGUCAAAAGGCCAGAGUCCCCAGUGUCCCCUCCCCUCCACCUCUUUUCCCCAUAGACCCCAUAUCCCCAGACCAAAGAGGUUCUCUAAGCAGCUGUGACCAGGUUCCUCCCUCCCCACCUGCCCUCCCAGCUCCAGCACUGCCCCUGUGGCAGCCCACUCGGACCCUCCUAAAAAAAGGGAAUAGGGGGAGGGCAGGAUAAGUGAGGGUGAUUCUAGGUGGUGGGGAAGUCAUGCUCCCUUUCUUGGCACCCCCUUGUUGGAGAUAGAGGCAGCAGGCCUGCAGUGAUGAGGUGCCCCAGUCCUUCUGGGGAUCUGGGCUGCUACUGUUGGCCCCCCUGUGUCUAGUGAUGCUCACUGUGCUCACCUCCUAGGCCAAAGGAGCCUGAGGGGGCCUGCACUGGGUUUGCUGAAACUGACAGACCCUGGGCUCCUGACCUCUCUCCUUCCUGUAGUCCUCUCCCUCCCUGGGUAGAUUGGCAGGACAAGUGGGAGCAGAUGGCCUGCCUGUGGUUGAGAGGGCUACCUGCCCAGUCCCUCCCCCACCAAGGUCUCGGGCUCAGGCCUCAGAGCCUGGCCUGGUCGUGAGUGUGUGUCCCUGUGUGUGUGUUGCGGGAGGGGAGGGCUGGGGCUGGAAGUCCAGCACCCAGGGAAGACCUGCCCUCCUGUUCUUGGGAAGGGUUGCCUGACAGCUUCUCAACUCUACCCUCACCCUUCUGGCCAGAAUCCCGCAGGGCAACAGCCCCCUCUGCUUGACUGACCCCACACCCAGGGCCACUGUCCGGCUCUAAUACAGCUAUUAAGUGCUACCUGCCUCUCAGGCACUCUCCCCGCCCAGUUUCUGAGGUCAGAUGAGUGUCUGCGAUGUCUUCCCGCACUAUAUUCCCCGGCCUCUUUCUGCUUUCAUGCUCAGCAUAUCAUCUUCCUAGGCAGCCUCUUCCCCAGUCUCACCUUUUCUUCCAGUAGAAAAUUCUGCUUGACCUUUGGUGCACUACCCACUUCCCAGCUCCACUGGCCCAAGUCUGAGCCGCAGGCCCUUGUUUCAGGGGCAGGGGGAGGGUUGGAUGUGAUUGCCCUUGAAGAACAAGGCUGACCUGAGAGGUUCCUGGCACCCUGAGGUGGCUCAGCAUCUGCCCAGGGUAGGCCUGGUAUGAGGGGUUAGGUCAGCCAAUGUCAGUUCCUCCUCUUGGGGCCCUCUCAGAGUCCAUCUCCCCAAGACAGGAAGGGAAAAGCAAAUUUCUAAUUCACCAGCAAUAAAAAUUGGAGGAGGCUUGGCCCUCAGCCCUUAUAUUUCUCUUUUUCACUCUCUCUUCCUCCCACCCCCAAGACUGAGUUUGGGGGGGCAGGGUGGAGAGAGCUGGCAACUACUGUGAGCAAGUCCCCCAGCCCCUGACCAGCCUCCUUCCAUGACUGGUGACUGUUUAAUGAGCUGUGCAUCCCCCACAAAAACAUGAGUGCCCCUCUGUUUGGCCUCUAACCCUCUGCACAGCCCUUCUGGGUGGUCCUCACCAGUUCUCAGAGCUGGGUGGGAGGCCACCCUGGCAACCACUGCCCAUUCCAUUUACCCCUCACUGCACCUGCCCUAGAACCUGGGCCUAGGCCACAGGGGCAGGGAGAAGAGAAGGCAUUAGUAAGAAAAAAAAAAAUAGAAAAAAAAAUAUGAACAGACUCAGCUUUGGGACGUCCAACCACAAAAGAAAUUAUAUACAAAUAUAUAUAAAUAUAUAUCUCUACCAUAUGUGAUGGAAAGACUUUUUGUUUUCCUUUCCCAAAGAAAUAAAAUGGAGAAAGCCUCUU